AGAAGAAGAAGGAGAAGGAGAAGGAGAAGGAGAAGGAGAAGGAGAAGAAGAGGAGCUGCACAAACCCAUUACAGCUCACAUAAUCUUAGCCUUCUACACUUGUGGAUUCCACUUCAGCAUUAGCCUGGUCAUGGCUCAUCUGAGGGCCUCCAUCUCCAUGCUGUCCCUCCUGCUGUACUCGGGACUUCUUCUGCAAGCUGGUGCAAGCGACCCAGACGAUGCCCAAAAGGAGGCCAUGGCGGAGCUGAUCGACAAGAUGACUCUGAGUUACGCAGCCGCCGAUUUGAGCUUCACCAAGCUGGCGGACACCGCCAAGACCCUGAUGCACUCCCACAACCACAACUCCCUGAGGAAGGGGCUGGAGGUGUUUGACAGCGUGGCUCAGCUCGUCCCCUUCGUAAACCACUUUGGCCUCCUGGUACGCUGCGCCCACUCCUUCAUGCUUCCCGGCAGCCCCGAGGUGGUGCACCUGCAGAGGCGCUUCACGCAGGUGAAACAGCACCUGGCCACCAUCUCCACACAGGGGGGGCCCUUGUCCAGCUUGAGCCCCUAUGCCAAGGAGGAGCUGUUUCUCAACGCCUGGAUGGCAGCGGCUUUGGGGGGCACCAUUCCACGGCCCUGGCCCUCUGCAGAGGAAGAGCUGAUUCUGAACACCUGGAGCCGUCUGGAGCAGCUAGUGGAGGCCCUGGCCACGGCUGACACCCAGGAGCAGAAGUCCAGAGCGGCAGAGAGCUUCACCUCUUACUACGAGGGCCGGAGCGUGGAGGAUGCCAUCGUUGGCUUCUACAGGCAUGUAGCUCUGGAAGGGCGCGGAGCAAGAAGGGGGGGCGGGACGAGAUCCGGGGAUAAGGAAGGCUAUUGGCUACUGCGGCUCCUGGGGGACCAAUCAGAGGGAGACGUGAGGGUGCUGACGUGGCUGGCGGCACAGGUCACCGGCGCCAUGAUCCGUGCGUCGUUUGUUGGCACGGUCUACGACAGGCUAAAGGGUGGCCGUCUCGGGCACGAGGCGCAACCAGCCACCGACUGCCUUCUGGCGCUAAGCAAACUCAUCCAGACGACAUUGCUGGACUACGCGGACGGCUGCGAGAAGUGGGCCAAGUUGGACGUUGAGAAGAUCGUCACUCAUACCGCUUUCACAGACACCCGUGAGGACAUGGCCACGGCCAUCAAGGCACAUCUGGACAGCAAGUACGACUGGUUCACCUGGAACGUCAUCAUCCAGGACGCCAGUUUGGAGCGCGGCUCCUGGCAAGGGGACUUCAUCGAGGUGGUGGGGUCGUCCCAGACAGUGAUCCUCGUGCCCCGAGACAGUGAGGCGCCGGUGGACGAGGGCAUCCGCGCUAAAGCGCAAAAGAAACUACUGAGCCACACCACCUGCCCUGUGGUGCAGGAGGGUACGGAGCUGGCGAACGCGCUCUCUGCCGACGUCAUGAGCCACGUAGCGUUCGGACACUCCACAACCGACUCCUACACCUACACGACGCUUGGGGACGCGGUGGUGGAGGAGAAGUGCUCCACGGCCUUCCUGUUCAUCACCACGCACACGUACAUCAACACGGUGGUGUUCAAGAGCAUGGCGAGCUACCCCGGCUGCUCGGAGCUGCAGUGUGCGCACGGAUCCUGCCGACAAGCGGCACGUUCGUUGACGGGAUACUGCGUGUGUGAGCCCGGUUUCUAUGGCCACCAGUGUUGGAACAACAUCAGAGAUGAACGCGCAGCCUCAGCCCUGGAGGAGAAAAUAAACUCUCUGGACCAAAACCCUGUGCCGACAAUCACCACGGCUUACUUUCAGCUCCGAGACCAGAGAAGCCACGCAGACGCAAGAGGUAGAUACCAGCAGGCCAAGCUGCACCACCAGGCUCUGAUAGAAAAACUGUCCUUCCUCAGCCAUCAGAACCAGCUGCUGGACAGCGAGCAGAUCUCCGUUGAGGAGUUCCUGUCCAGUGUGGAGGGCGUGAUCCAAUCUCGAGGGGCGUGCGUGUUUCUGCUGUAUCAGUGUGACACCGUGGUGACUGGGGAUGGUCUAGAGCCCGAGUCUGGUCUCCUAGCAACCCUGCGGAACCUGCUCCUGCAUCCAGACCCGUCGCUGCCGCAACUAUCCUUGGAUUCCAUGGCGUGCUCGGAGAGCUACGCGCAGCAAAUCGACCGCUUCAUCACGUUCUUUGGCAACCUCAAGUCAGGGGCGUCGUCAGCCUGCAAAAAGUACUUCAUGUACAUGAACGGCAGCAGUGACGGCGACACUGUGCGGCUUUAUCUGCCUCUCCCCUCGGACCGGGCAGGAGAGUGGCUACCCUGGGGCUCCGGCUGCGGCCCCCUCUCCGCCGCCCACCUCCUCAACCACCACUGUAACUCCAGCUACCACAGCGCUGAGGGGCAGAGCGUCCGGCUGCGCUGUUCCGGAACAUUGAGGCCGUUCCCAGAGACGGUGAGGUGUUCUGGGGGGCGGUGGAGCGCCCUGCCCGUGUGCUACGCGGAGCCCCGCAACGGCGUGACGCGGUGUUGGGCGGUCAACGGGACCACGAUGUGUCAGGUGACCUGUGACAACGGCAGUGUGGAGGUCUUGAACAAGACGGCCACCUACAGGUGUGACAGCCCACCGUGCCCAGCCUUUGAGCCCGUCGGAGUGUGCAAGGUGACCAGGUGCGUCAGCAACAGCUCGUGUGAAGACGGCGAGGUGUGUGGCAAUGACGGCAGGUGUAAAGAUGGCUGCAGGGGUGCCCCCUGUGGACCAAACGCGAUAUGCACCACUGUCAACCACACGGCCAUCUGCACCUGUCUGCCGCCCUGGAGGAAAAGCAGCAACAGCCACUGCAGCUCACCUUCACUACAAUGGACCCAAGUCAAACACGCGCACAACGGCACAGUGAAGACCCCCACGGGGAGGCCGGUGUGUCGGGCUCAGGGCCCCAAUGGGAGCUGGUACUCUGGGUGGCUCUACACAGUGGCCGGGAAGGAGAACUGCAUGAUGGAGUACAAUGACAAGACAAUGAGAGCACCACUCUAUGAGUUGCUGCUGGACCCGUGUGAGGGAGGGGGCUACAUGUGGAUCCCUGGGGGGCCCCACUCAGACUCCAUGUGGACCGGAUAUACUGACAGCACCCCGGGAUCCAUGCUCUUCGUCUGCAAUUGGCAUGGUGAUGCCGUGGACGGUAAGCAGGGCUUUGCGGGGACUCUGGCGCUGACGUCAUCAGGCUACAGAUGCAGCAUCGCCCUGCACCGCGCCACAUACAGCACUCAGGAGUACCUCACACUCGUCAGGAGACAGACCUGCUGAGACACACACACGGACGCACACACACGCACACACACACAC